GUGAAAUAACCGAAAAAAAUCAGCUCUAUACAAGAAGAAAAUCGUACUCAUGAGAUUUUCUUCAGUCUAUAGCAGAUUUUCAACAAAGCAGAACCUAAUAAAAUUUCUAAAAAACACAGAGUAAAAAAAAUAAUUACAACAAAACAUGUCAUUGUUAAAACGUUUCGAUGAUGAAGAGCGAGAAUCGACCUAUGGUCGUGUCUAUGCAGUAUCUGGUCCCGUGGUAACUGCUGAAUGCAUGUCGGGUUCCGCUAUGUACGAAUUAGUGCGUGUGGGUUACUAUGAGCUGGUGGGAGAAAUUAUUCGCUUAGAGGGUGAUAUGGCCACUAUACAGGUGUAUGAAGAAACCUCCGGUGUAACAGUGGGUGAUCCCGUUUUAAGAACCGGCAAACCUUUAUCGGUAGAACUGGGUCCUGGCAUUAUGGGCAGUAUAUUCGAUGGUAUUCAAAGACCUUUAAAGGAUAUUGGUGAAAUGACCAGUUCUAUUUAUAUACCCAAGGGUGUUAAUGUACCCGCUUUAUCACGUACCGUAUCGUGGGAAUUUAGUCCCACAAAUGUUAAGAUUGGUUCCCAUAUCACCGGGGGCGAUUUGUUUGGUGUAGUUCAAGAGAAUACUUUAGUAAAACAUCGUAUGAUUGUGGCUCCCAGGGCUAGGGGCACCAUUAAAUAUCUUGCUCCUCCUGGUAACUAUACCGUCGAGGAUGUUGUAAUGGAAACUGAGUUUGAUGGAGAGAUAACUAAACAUACUAUGUUGCAAGUAUGGCCUGUACGUCAACCAAGGCCUUGUACUGAGAAAUUACCUGCUAAUCAUCCUUUGUUUACGGGUCAACGUGUUUUGGAUUCUUUGUUCCCUUGUGUACAAGGUGGUACCACGGCUAUUCCAGGUGCUUUUGGUUGUGGCAAAACUGUUAUUUCACAGGCUCUUUCGAAAUACUCCAACUCUGAUGUCAUUAUUUACGUCGGCUGCGGAGAACGUGGCAAUGAAAUGUCUGAGGUCUUAAGAGAUUUCCCUGAGCUAACUUGUGAAAUAGAUGGCGUUACCGAAUCCAUUAUGAAACGUACCGCAUUGGUGGCAAAUACCUCUAACAUGCCGGUAGCAGCUCGUGAAGCCUCUAUUUAUACGGGUAUUACAUUAUCCGAAUAUUUCCGUGAUAUGGGAUAUAAUGUAGCCAUGAUGGCUGAUUCUACCUCACGUUGGGCUGAGGCUCUUCGUGAAAUUUCUGGACGUUUGGCUGAAAUGCCUGCUGAUUCCGGUUAUCCUGCCUAUUUGGGUGCUCGUCUAGCUACUUUCUAUGAGCGUGCGGGACGUGUUAAAUGCUUGGGUAAUCCUGAACGUGAGGGUUCAGUUUCUAUUGUGGGUGCUGUAUCACCACCCGGUGGUGAUUUCUCUGAUCCUGUUACCUCCGCCACUUUGGGUAUUGUACAAGUGUUCUGGGGUCUAGAUAAGAAAUUGGCUCAACGUAAACAUUUCCCCUCUAUCAAUUGGUUGAUUUCUUAUUCGAAAUAUAUGAGAGCUUUGGAUGAAUACUAUGACAAAAAUUUCCCCGAAUUUGUGCCACUACGUACUAAGGUUAAGGAAAUUCUACAAGAGGAAGAAGAUCUCUCCGAAAUUGUACAAUUGGUGGGUAAAGCUUCUUUAGCUGAAACCGAUAAAAUCACUCUGGAAGUGGCCAAGUUAUUGAAAGAUGAUUUCUUGCAACAAAACUCCUAUUCACCCUAUGACCGUGUUUGCCCCUUUUACAAAACUGUGGGCAUGUUAAGAAAUAUGAUUACUUUCUAUGAACUAGCCAGACAUGCUGUAGAAUCAACAGCUCAAUCAGAUAAUAAAGUAACCUGGAAUACUAUAAGAGAAUCAAUGGGUAAUAUUAUGUAUCAAUUGUCCUCUAUGAAAUUUAAGGAUCCUGUUAAAGAUGGUGAAAGUAAAAUUAAAACUGAUUUUGAACAAUUACAUGAGGAUAUGCAACAGGCUUUUAGAAAUCUGGAAGAUUAAACAGCAACUAACUAAAUAACUCCACAACUAUACAAUGUUGCUGAGUGAAAGAAAAGUAUUUUUUAUUUAGUGUUUUUGUUCGUUCCCCUCCCUUUUUGAAAGAGGUGUCACUUUGAAAAAAUGCAAAAAAAAAAAAACAAAACCUGAACAAUAAUA